GCACAUGAAUUAGUAAUGCCUCCCCAAUGGCCCCCAAGUUCAUGGUCGGGAGUCGAGAAUGGUGAAAGAAAGAAAGGAGCCCAUGUCACCCACCAUAUUUGUUCACAGGAGGGCUCUGUGCACCAAUGACAUGAUUCAUGACUCACCAUAACUUAAUGGCAACUUUCACAUUUGGUUAGAAUAUGGAAGCCCUCAAUUAGUCAUGGCUAACCGCCUAUUCAGACUUUACGAGCCUUCAGUUACCAAAAGACGAAGAAAGAGCAUAGCAAACAGUGUAAUGAAGGUUCUUAUUUUCUUCCUCUCUCUUUGGAAGGUUCCCAACCUUUGCCUGAUCCAUUCCUGAGCAACGAGUGAUCCCUUUGGUGCAAUUCGAGUUUUACAACUCAAAAGAAGGAACAACGGGGGGUAGGAAAGAGGACGUGAAACCCAGUGGGAGCCGAUUGAAGCAUUGACCAAUCAAGGCAGAAAUCGAUGGUGUCGGAUUCGAGGUGGAAAUGAGGAUCCAACUUUGAGAGAACCUUCGCCAUGGUUAUGAAGUCUGUCAUCGCGAGAGCGCUAAUUCUCUUACAUUGCUUGCACAUCGCUCUAGCUCUCAGAUGCUAUGAAUGCGGUGGAAAAACGGACAAGAAUUGUGCCGAGUUCUCCGCCACGGCCAAAUUUGAGGUCAUCUGCAAUUCAACAGCCAGUGGAUGUAUGACGGCAGAUCGAGACGGCGCGCUGGAGCAAAAACUGUGCUGGACCCGGGAUUCGAACACGUGCGAUUCCCCCAUUCCGGGCCAACUCCGCGUGUGCUCCUGUAAAGGCGACCUUUGCAACUGUUUCGCGGACACAGGCAAUGCCGCACUGACGGAGGAAUGCCCAAGUGCCCCGUUCAAUGCGGAACUUCGAAGUUCGAGCCCGAUGUCGAAUGUAUUGAAUGGUGAAAUGGGGUUGGUAUUAUUUAUUGGCUGCCUCGGUCUGUGCAAAUAUUUGAAUGGACAAUAACAGUAUUAUCAUGAUUAUAAUUAUUACUCUUGAUGAUACAUUUCUUUUCAUCACAA